AUGGAGAGUGGAAACGUAUCAGCAGUGACUGAAUUUAUCUUCGCUGGAUUCCCUUGGUUCCAGGAUGGUGGCCUCCUCUACUUUUUCCCAUUACUUUUCAUCUACAUCUUCAUAGUGAUUGGAAACCUGAUGAUCUUCUUUGCUGUAAGGUGGGACACCCAUCUUCACACUCCCAUGUAUAAUUUCAUCAGUAUCUUUUCCUUCCUUGAGAUGUGGUACUCCACAACCACCAUCCCUAAGAUGCUCUCCAAUCUGGUCAGUGAACGGAAGAGCAUUUCCUUCAUUGGUUGCCUCUUGCAAAUGUACUUCUUCCAUUCCCUAGGGAACACGGAAGGGACCUUACUGACUGUCAUGGCUGUUGACAGGUAUGUUGCCAUUUGCAACCCACUCCACUACCAGACCAUAAUGACUCUGCGACUAUGUGCUCAGCUCUGUGCAGGCUCUUGCGUCUUUGGCUUCCUCAUCCUUCUACCUGAGAUUGUAUGGAUUUCUACACUACCUUUCUGUGGCCCCAAUGAAAUCCAUCAGAUCUUCUGUGAUUUCACCCCUCUAUUGAAUUUAGCCUGUACAGAUGCUUCUGUGAUCCUGGUGCAAGAUGUAAUUCACGCACUUGCCAUUCUCGUAACAAGUCUCAUUAUUUCUAUUUCUUACAUUAGAAUUAUCAUUGUCAUCCUGGGCAUCUCUUCCUUGGAGGGCCGUAAAAAGGCUUUCUCCACAUGUGCUGUCCACAUUGCAGUUUUCCUGUUGUUUUUUGGCAGUGUAUCCCUCAUGUAUCUUCGAUUCUCCACUACUUACCUGCCAUUCUGGGACACCACCAUUGCUCUGACAUUCUCUGUAUUUGCUCCAUUUUUCAAUCCUAUUAUUUACAGCUUAAGAAAUAAGGAUAUGAAAGAUGCAAUUAACAGACUCUUUUGCUCUCAAAAGGUAUUUAAUGUAUGUGAUAGAUAA